AUUUUAAACAAAAGGUUUAUGUUAGAUAAUGAAAUAGACAUCCUCAUUACAGUCCCAGAAUUCAAGAAAAAUGAGGAUUCAGUCUAAUAUCGAAUUUAGUAAGAUAUCUAUCAUAUCAAAUCAGUUUUCAAAACUAAAAAUCAAAUUCAGGAUUCGAAAAUCACUACAGAUACUCAGAACUCAAAAGAUUUCAUGAAACCCUUCAAACAUUAAAAACUGAAUUGCCUGUCUUCCCAAAAUCCUAUUGGUGGAAAUCUGUCAACUCUAACACUUAACUUAUUGAACAAAGAAGAUAAAUUCUUGAUUCCUAUUUCCAAAAUUUGACUUCAAUCAAAUUAGUUCGAGAAUCCUUGAUUUAUAAAAACUUUUUGUUAGUUGCCCUAAAAGAAAGUGAUAAAAGAGUAUAAAAAGUAAGUUCAUAUCAUAAAUUAAAAGGAGAACAAAGAGAGAGCAAAAAGAUCUGAGAAUUAAACUAGAAAGAAAACAAAACAACUUGGUUAAUUUAUUACUCCUGUACCGAAUCCUGUGAAUAUGCCACCAACUCCUGAAGAUAAAAGAUCCUAAUCUAUGGAGCAUAAGCCUGUAAAUAGCUAAUAAAGAAAUGAAAGGAAAAGGACGAGCAAAUAAUAAUCACCUGUAUAAUAGCAACACUAUUUAGGUACUUAAUUUUGGUGGAUCUAAAAUCUUCAGAGGAGUAUUGUCAAAUGCUGCUAAAUAAUGAG